AUGAAUGUUAAAAAGAUUGCAGUCACUGUGUUCUAUAUUAUGGUACUAAAUGGAUAUCAUGCACUUAUUUAUCCAUUCGAUUACGCACCUAAGUUAUGCAAAAACUCUACGGAAGUAACGUUCGAUUUUAUAGUGGUUGGAGGAGGAAGUGCUGGUGCAACUGUGGCUGCUCGUUUAAGUGAAAUAGCCGAAUGGAAAGUUUUACUAUUAGAAGCUGGAGGCGAUCCACCGGAAUCAACUGAAAAUCCUCUUUUAUGGAACCAAAAUCUAAGGACAAAAUAUGACUGGGCCUUUUUGUCGGAGAAAAACCCUUUACUUUUUAAAGGAAUGGAACAAGAGAGGUGUCUUCUAUCUAGGGGUUGUAUGUUGGGUGGAUCAUCUUCAAUUAAUGCAAUGAUAUACUUGCGUGGUACUGUACAGGAUUUUAGACUAUGGAAAAAUAAGUAUGGUUGUCAUGGAUGGGACUAUGAAGAUGUUUUACCGUAUUUUAAAAAAUCAGAAGAUUUUGUAGAUGUUAGUAGAUAUAAUUCAGAAAUUCAUUCACGAGGAGGACCUCUGACUGUAACUCCUUUAGAAACAUUAGAUCCAGCUUAUAAGGUUAUCGCUGAAUCAGAAGAGUCAAUAAAUUUAAUUAAGGUUAAUGAUUUAAACAGAAAAGAACCUGUUAUCGGAUAUGGUAAUUUUGAUUCAACCACUCGUGAUGGCCGUCGAUGUAGUACACUAAAAGCAUUUUUAAUACCAGCAAGUAAUCGCCCUAAUCUUUUCGUAGCGAAAAAUACAAUUGUGACUAGAAUUUUAAUUGAAAAUGAUGUGGCAGUGGGAGUAAACUUCAAAUGUUCAUCAGAAGAAAUUAAAUCAGUUUUUUGUACAAAAGAAGUGAUAUUAUGUGCUGGACCUUUAAAAAGUCCACAGCUUCUCAUGCUCUCUGGAAUUGGACCCAAAGAACAUUUAAAAUAUCACGGUAUUACAACCAUCAAAGACCUACCAGUAGGUUUCAACAUACAGGAUCAUAUGUCACUUCCAGCAUUAGUUUUUACAGAUCGAAAAUGUAGACCAACUGAAGAUAUUAUAAAUGAGAGUAAGGAUUUGUUGCAAAAAGAGAUGAGCUUUUAUUCAAAAAAUAUAACAUCACUUGGCCUUAGUAAGCUUAUGACAUUUUUUAAGUCAAAUGACGAUUUAGAGUAUCCUGAUGUACAAAUUUUAAAAUUCAGAAUUCCAUUCAACUCAACAAAUUGUUUUCCAAAUAAAAUUAAUGUAUUAACAAACAUGUUUGGAUAUGCUAAAGAAGUAACAGAUUUAUAUGACGAAUUAAACUGGUUAAGUGACCUUAUAGUAAUGACACCAGUUUUGUUACAUCCAUUAAGUACAGGUCGAGUUAUGUUGAAAUCUGUAAAUCCGUUAGACGACCCAAGAAUUAUUUUAAAUUAUUUAUCAUAUGGCAAAGAAAUAGAAACCCUAUUAAAGGGUAUUGAAUUUAUUGUCAAAUUAUCUAAAACUAAAAGUAUGAUUGAUGCUGGGCUUGUAUUAGAGGAGCUAAAAUUAUCAAAUUGUGCCGAUUGUAUUUGGGACACUCGAGAGUAUUGGAUUUGUAUCAUUCAUAACUUAGCAGUUCCUUUUUAUCAUGUUAUUGGUGGCUGUAAAAUGGGUCCAGAAGAUGAUUGUUAUUCUGUUGUUGACACUAAAUUAAAACUGAAAGGAAUAACUGGCUUGCGGUUGAUCGAUAGUUCAAUUAUGCCGAAAAUUGUUUCUGUAAACACUAACGCAGCUACAAUUAUGAUUGGUGAAAAAGGAAGCGAUAUAAUAAAAGAAUGUUAUGGAAAGCUUUGA